AUGGUGGACUUGGAAAUAUCUUUAGAGGCCCAAGAAAGUGAACUUGAAAAAUUCAGGGAAAGCUUAAAGGAAAAGAAAACUUGUACCUUGGUUAGAGAAAAUCAACAAUCACUUAUUGAUGUCAACCAAUCCGAGUAUAACAUUUUAAAAGAGAAAGUUGAUUCAAUAAAACAAGAUCUUAAACAAACAAAAGAAGAUACUGUUACGAUUAAAGAAUCAUGUCGGAAAAAGAGACAAGUUCUUAGCAGAUUGAUAAAGCUCAAACAUAGUGGUCGUAUAAAAAGUUUAUAUGAUCGUUUGGUAGUUGAUUCUAUUGAAGAUGGACAAACUUCAAAAGAUGACAGGUUUAUCCCAGCAUUUUAUAGGUGUUACAAAACACUUUGGUUGCCCAAAAUCUACAACAAGCGAAUAGGAUCACAUUUACUAAUACUCGAUGGUCAAUUGAUUGACAAAUCUUGCACUAUGAGCGGCGGAGAGAAAAAGGAUGAACUUCCUAAAUUAGAAUUUGAACUAUCGAAAUUAGAGAUGGAUGCGAAUGCUUGCGCAAAACGUAUUACAUAUACUGAAAAAGA